CUCUCCACAUUUGCGGGGAUAAUAAUACGCAUAUCACUCGUUUUCUCUGCGCCGCCGCUCUCUCUUCACCGUCCAUGUGGUGGUCUUCUAUCUGAUAAGCUAGGUAGCCAGGUGAUACCUAGCUCGCUCGCUCUCUCUCUACUGUGAAUCCAUGGCGUCCCAAGCCACCGCUGCAGCUCUCUGCUUCACCAACAGAGUCGUAGUCCCCAAACUCCCUUCUUCUUCUUCUCUUCUGUCCCAUUUUGUGAGCCGCUCCCCAACAUUCCCAGCCACCGCCCUCCGCCUAAACCGCCGUCCUCCUAGGCCUCUUCAUUCUACCACCCGAACCCUCUCCUUUUCUUCAUCCUCCACCGCCAUCUCUGCGACCAUCUCCGUCGGCGACAAGCUGCCGGAUGCCACAUUGUCCUACUUCGACGGCAAUGGCGAUCUUCAGACCGUGACUGUGUCCGACUUGACCAACGGGAAGAAGGUGGUUUUCUUCGCCGUGCCCGGCGCGUUCACGCCCACCUGCUCCCAGAAGCACGUCCCGGGCUUCGUCGAGAAGUCCGGCGAGCUGAAGGCGAAGGGGGUCGACACCAUCGCCUGCAUCUCCGUGAACGAUGCAUUCGUGAUGCAGGCGUGGAAGGCCGAUCUGAAGGUGGGGGACGAGGUGCUAUUCCUUUCGGACGGGAAUGGGGAGUUCACCAGAGCUUUGGGGGUUACCCUGGAUCUCAGCGAUAAGCCGGUGGGUUUGGGGGUGCGGUCUAGGCGGUACGCUCUUCUGGCGGAGGAUGGGGUCGUCAAGAUACUGAAUUUGGAAGAGGGUGGUGCCUUCUCGGUCAGUAGCGCGGAGGAGAUUCUGAAAGCACUCUGAGAGAUGAGGAGGCGUUGCUCAGGGUGUGGUAUGAACUAUGAACAUAGCCACAUGAUGGCUUCUUCUUUUUCUUCUUCUUUUUUACCCAAUAAAAGGAUGCUACACUCUGUAGGAUUUUAGCGGAUGCUUUAAUACCUCUUUUGUAGAGAUGCCAUCUUUUUGAAAUUUCAGCAUGAGUUGUUGGAGUAGA